AGCAGCUCUGCGUUUGGAUUUAACACAGUACUUCGCACCGUAAUUUUGCGAUUUCCAAACCUUUAUUCUUUGUCGAUAACAAUAAAAACAGGAAUCACCUGAUUGAACGCAAGAUGUCCCUUAAUCCCUUUUCAUUUUCCAGUAUGAGGGUCCUUUGAGGUUCUUCGCUACCAUCGCGGAAUCUUUCCGUCUUGCUGACAAGUUAUUCUGUGAUUUCCUGAUACCGUUAUGUUUGGUGGAUAGUUCUGCAGUACCUGUUGGGAUUUCAGACGGUAAACCUGCAAGGCACCAUGUUGCAACAAAUUCCCCAACGUUAUCAUCGUCAUGGACUGGUUUUGCUUUGCCUCUUUGUUUGCCCUGUGAUGCUGUCUACGGCGAACGAACCUCUUGUAUGCCAUGUCAAAUCGGAAGGUAAACACCCCGUUUCCAGGCGCUCAGUCUCCGAUGAUGAUGGUCUACCCGAAGAGGGUUUUGCCUUGUUGACGGCUUCCAAAGCCCAGACUUUAGAGGAAAACGACUUCACAACAACACCGAAACAUUAUGGCAGAAGAUUUACAGAUGAAAAUGGUAUUCUAAAGGAGGAAUGUCAGGGGAAAAAUAUGUCGUGUUAUGUCGUUUGGAGGGCGGUUAGAAAUAAUGCCACCAAUACAACUGAGGACAUCGUUCUCAAAAGCGGUUGUUUCCCUCAGAAUCCUCAACAUGAUGCCUCUGGAAAACCACACUGCGGCGUGGCCUCAUGUGAAAAUGAUAAAAUGCCUAGCAUGUUUAAUACGCGCUUCUGUUGUUGCACGGAAAGCAACUGCAACGCUAAUUUCACGGAUGUGUACAUUCCUGAGUCGCCGACCACCUUAACGUCGUCUACGCUGGCUGCCGUGCUGGCGCAUCCUAAUGGUAUUACCUGGAUAUGGGGUAUCGGUGGCGUGUUGGCAGUCAGUGUGGUGGUUCUCGCGGGGACAGUUAUUGCUGUGCGCCUCAGACGUCGCAUGAAUAGAAAGAAAGCGGGCAGGUCUUCCGAAGAGUUGAAACCAUUAACAAUUAGUGAAACAUUUCCGCAACGUUUCCACGUGGACAAAGACUCCAGUCAACCCAUCGAUUUGCGGCUGGCGAAACUGGGCGAUGAACUGGCUUCCGGUCGUUAUGGCAGCGUAUAUCAAGCAGUCGUUGAAGAACGUGUGGUCGCUGUUAAGAUUUUCUCCCAAGAGAAUUAUGCGUAUUUUCUUAACGAAUGCCGGAUCUACAAUCUGCCACAUAUGCAGGAACAUGAUGCCAUCUUGAAGUUUCUUGCCGCCACGGAACAGCCAGGUUUACGCGAUGAGAAGGCAUAUUGGUUGGUUUUGGACUAUCAUCCGAACAAGUCCUUGAUCGAAUUUUUGAAAACAAAUACGAUCGACUCCGAGACGUUCAGGGGAAUGGCAUAUUCUUUGGCCAGCGGUUUGGCAUUCCUUCAUUCCGAUAUAACCCGAGAUGGCACUACUAAACCUGGAAUCGGGCAUCGUGACUUCAAUUCGCGCAACAUCUUGGUGCGCAGUGAUUUCCGUCUGUGUAUUUGUGAUAUGGGCUUUGCGUUGCCGCUGAACCCUCGCGAUAACAGCAGCAGCUGUCCGUGGGCAUCCAGUGACGACGCACCUGUUCUUAACGACGUCGGAACCAUCCGGUACAUGGCACCGGAGAUUUUGGAAGGAUCGUUGAAUCUGCGCGAUAGCAGCACGGCUCUCCGGCAGGUGGACAUGUACGCCUUCGCUCUGGUGUUCUGGGAAAUGGCCACCCGCUGCGUGGACUUGUACAAAUCGUCGGUUGUACCAGAAUACAAGCUGCCUUUUCAAAAAGAAGCGGGCCCGCAUCCCACUUUCGCUGAGAUGACAACGCUGGUGGCCAGAAAGAAAGCGCGACCGCUGUUUCCUGAUUCCUGGAAAGACAACGAUAUGCCGGUGAAGUUUUGUAAGGAAAUUAUGGAGGAGUGCUGGGAUGCCGAUGCCGAAGCACGACUGACUGCUAACUGUGUUGAAGAACGAUUGGUGGAGUUUGCGGAAGUGCUUAACAAGCAAAAGAGCACGGUGAUAAAUGUCGCAGCUGCGGAACAACGUCUGUCCAUGGCGCCCAGUGUGCGCAGUAAUCCAGAGGAGCCAACUGAAAUGUCCCCCAUGCUGGAUAAUAUUAACGAAACCAUCGUACCGCCAACGAAAAACAUCAACGAAAUGAUGGAUAUUCUGAAUAAAAACCCUCCGGGUUCGUUGGGCUUUCCCGCUAUCGGGAGAAUUCAGCCGCAUCAGGGACGAAAUCCUUGUCAAGAACGCAACUACAAAGUGGAAUCAUCGGACGAACUAACAACGAGCGGAAAUAAUCUUAUUAGUAAAAAAUCUGGUUUUAGACAACAGUCGCCACAAGAUGCAUCAAAUGCAUUAUUUAACAGAACGCGCAAUACCCCUACUCCCACUUCCACGGCUAACGCACCGCCAGCUCGACAAAAGAAAGUCUCAAACGAUACUGCUGCGCACCUGAACUUAAUGAGCUUGGGUGGAUUUUUCAAUUUCCGAAGCAAAGACAAGCAGGCUCUGUCGACACUGUUGAGCCACCGCGCUGCGCCGCCGGCUGUUGCGGCCCCCGCGCCAGCGGGUCCUUCCACUUCCACUCCAGCGAUUUAUAUAGGCGGAAACAAGAAGAACAAUCUUUCGGCCGCUGCGGACAUCCUACCUCAGUUGGCUCGACGCGAAGCGCCAGGCGACGCGUCGAGCAGCACCCAGAUGACCUGCUUAUCUCCGUCUCCAUCUGCCACAUCCAGCGGUGCAUCGCCGCCGCAAUAUGCUAAUCCACAGGCGCGUGUGCCGCGCUUUUCCAUGAUCAACGAUAAUUCAGAGACGGAUCGGUCGGGUCUGCUGGAGAAUUCGGGUGAUGAUGAGGGAUUGGGUCGAUCUCCACGUGAAACGUUGAUUAAUAUUGAUACUGCCGGCGGAUCCGGCAGUCGUGAUUAAGCCGUGUAUUUUUGGAUUGUGGUCAGUUGUUUUUUUGUACCACAGAAUUUGUUCUUUAUGGAUCUGAAAGAGGAACUCGUUCGUCUUUGUGUUUCUUAUCUGCUAUUUAUGUGUGUCUCUCCGGUUUCUUUUCUAGCGCUAUGUAGUACUUGGGUAGUGCUGAUAGGGCUGUGCGGCUUCCGUUUUUAUGUCGUCAAUCGCAUUUACGGCUCUUAUUGGUCCUGUGCUUUCUACAUGUUCCCGUUGCUUUGGUGGUACUUGUAUGUAUGGUAGGUUUUGUACAGACUGAAAUGUGUGCGGCUGGACCUGAACGCAUGCUCUUUACGCUGUGGUGUCGGAUAUUCCGGCAUUUUUCAUUCAUUUCUCAUAAACCGACCCGUUUGCAUUUUUACAUGUGCUUUCUGCAAUUCUUGUUGAAAUAUGACAUUUACUGUGCUUUUGAUCAGUUAGCUGGUUUAUAUUUAUGUACAAUUCGAGGAUUUCUUUUGAAUUUUUUCUGUAUACUGAAAAGAUGUUGUCGUGGGUGUUGUCGCGCAAAAACUGAAAGCGAAGUUCAAAUUUGUGAACAAGUUCGAUUACACGGAAAUUGGUUGUUAUACUAGCACAAGCAGAAAC